AUAAUAAUAAUAAUAAUAAAUAAAAAAUUCAGCAAGCACGGAAGAAUAUAAUUUAUUCGUUCAGAUCAUUACUUCAUUACUUAAUUACUGUAAACUCUCAUUAUACUCAUUUUUUUCAGUGUAAUGAUGCUGAAAGUAAUUUUUUUAUAUUAAAAAUUUUAAAAUGAAAAAAAAAAAAAAAAAUAGGACAAAAAUAAUCAAAAACUGUCGGAUUAUCGUAUACAAGUUGUCACGGAAACCUUUUAACCUAAAUUAUAUUUUAAAAUUCGAAAAUUCAACAAUCGUUAAUGGUCCUUGUUCCCGUCAAACAAUAAACCCCUCAAGUCCUUGUGGGUUUUAUUAAUAAGUGCUACCUUUAAAAGCAAUCACAAUUUCCACGAUUCAGUUUAGUCUCAAUAUGUAUUUCACAAAAGAAGUUUCCUUCAUUCCCAAAAAUCAUUCUUUUCAAUUUAUCGAGAUAUUAUUAUUGAUAUCAUCAACAAUUGGUUUUGGCGAUAAAUUAGACGCGAUUGUGCCUGCAUACUUCCGUUCACUACAAGAGCCUAUUCUUAUUAAUUUUCCUAAGCGAAUUAAUAAUCUUACUAGAGGUGUUAUGGCUCAGCGAUUUUAUUUACCACCGGAAGUGCCUAGUGUUCUACGUCCGGAAAUUAUCGACAACAAAUUGAGAAGUUCCUCAUGGAUUGAUUUUCAUAAAUUAUCACAAUCCGAUAUUAAUUUACAAAUCCCAAUUAAAAUUGAUAAUCAGAGGGAUAAUUUUUAUAAAGAAAAUUUCUUACAAAAACAAAUAGACAAUACGAAUACAGAUUUUGUCAAAAUUAAUGAAAUGUCUUGCAGAAAUUCUGGAGAUGAAAUUUAUUUUAGGGUAUCAUUGACGCCAUUAAAGAGGACCGGUCCACCAAUUAUAGAAAAUAUUGGAAGCAAUAAUUGUGAAAUUAAAAAAGUGCAAAACGAAUAUAAAAUUGAUUUUGAUGGUACACAAUUUUGGAAUUGUGGUAUUAUUGAUUGUUCCAAUGGAUCGGAUUUAAAUUACUGUCUAAAUCUUCGAUUUCCAUUAAUAUAUGGUUUAAAAUUAAAGGACGAUUUCAAAAUCACUUUACAAUGUAGAGGUCAAGAUAAAAUUGUUUCACACGUGAAGAAAAUUAGCAUCAACUCAUUGGACACAACAGGAAAAAUGGUACCGCAAAUUGAAAUCGGUGGAUAUAAAAACGAUUUUCAAACUGAUGUUGCUCUUUAUAGAAAAACAUUCAACUCGGAAAAUAUUUUUGACACUCGAAUAGAAUCAGGAGGAACUGUUAUUUUAGGAGAGGAAAUUUUACUUCGCGUUUUAGUUCGAGAGGGUGAUGGUUGGCAGUAUUCGAAAAUUAACGAUGUGACGAUUUAUUUUUUGGAAAGAAAACAGAGGAGAAAAAUAAUGAAUAGCGUGUGGAUUUUGGAUUCAAAUGGUUGUUUAAAUCCAAAUAUUAAAUCAUUAUGUUCGCGUGAACAAUACAGAGUGUCACCUUUGGAAAGUUAUUUGCUCUUUAAAGUUUUUAUGUUUGAAAAUAUGAAAGAGAAUGAUGAGAUGAUUAUAAGCGUAAAGAUAACUGGUUGUCUCGAUGGAGCUGAUUGCAUUUUAAAUUGUCCAGCGGGUCACAUAAGAUCGAAAAGAAAUAUUCCAAAUCAACAAAAUCAGACUAUUAAAUUUGAGAAUGAUAUUCAAUUUAAAGUUAUUUUACCAAAGACAAUAACAACAACAGACGAGAACUACACAAUGGAUUUAAAUCUUAUUAUUUAUAUUUUGUCAGCUUUAAUUUUAAUAUCGACUAUUAUUUUAAUUUACAUCGUUCAGGAAUUCAUUAAACAAAAUUAUUGUAGAUCUAAUUUAAACUAA